UGGGCGUGGCCACGCAGGUCAACAGGGCCCGGCGCCGCGUAGUCAUGGCGCCAGCGGCCGCCGGCCCCCCGGAGGUGGUUCGCGCGGCGCAGAAGGACGACUACUACCGCGGCGGGCUGCGGAGUGCGGCGGGCGGCGCCCUGCACAGCUUGGCAGGUGCGAAGAGGUGGCUGCAGUACAGGAGGGAGAUCGAGCUGCUGUCGGAUGUAGCCUACUUCGGCCUCACCACACUUGCAGGCUACCAGACCCUCGGGGAGGAGUAUGUUGGCAUCGUGCAGGUGGACCCGUCCCAGAGCCGAGUGCCCACGAGGUUGCGCCGUGGCGUGCUGGUGGCGCUGCACACCGUCCUGCCCUACGUGCUGGACAAGGCCCUGCUGCACCUGGAGCACGAGCUGCAGGCCGACGCGGACGGUGCCAGGCCCUCGCAGGGCAGCCCGGCGGGCGGCGGGCGGGGCCGGUCCAGAGCGAGGCUCUGGGUGCAGCGGCGCGUGGCCGCCUUGACGGAGCAGCAGAAGCGGGUGCUCUUGCAUGCCGUGUCGGCGCUCGGGCAGGGCCUCGCCUGCCUCCAGCGGCUCCACGUUGCCUGGUUCUACAUCCAUGGCGCCUUCUACCACCUGGCCAAGAGGCUCACGGGAGUCACUUACCUUCGCGUGCGCCCCCCACCCACAGAUGACCCAAGGGCUCGUGAAAGCUACAGGCUGCUGGGGUUCAUCUCCCUGCUGCACUUGGCCUUGUCCGUGGGCCUGCAGCUCUACGGCUUCCGGCAGAGGCAGCGCGCGCGGCGGGAGUGGAAGCUGCAUCGCGCCCUGUCUCACCGCAGGAGCCAUGUGGAAGAGAAAGCCGCUUCCAGAAACUCCCUGUGUACCCUGUGCCUGGAGGAGCGUAGACACUCGACAGCCACGCCCUGUGGCCACCUGUUCUGUUGGGAGUGCAUCACCCAGUGGUGUGACACCAAGAUGGAGUGUCCUCUCUGCAGGGAGAAGUUCCCCCCCCAGAAGCUCGUCUACCUGCGGCACUACCGCUGAGCCGACCGAGGUCGCGGGAGCCCAGGAGUCUCUUGACAUCAGGACGGUCCCGAUCCAUUCCCAAGGCUAACUUGCACAGAAAUUAAAUUCUCAAGUUUUACUUCAUGUCACGUAAGUGACUCUGCCAGCAGCUCGGAGGCAGAGGCCGGAUCUGCCGGCGGCACAGCCAGUCCAAGGCCUUCGGGGCCGGAAGAGGCUGGGGCACCACCUGCUCUGUGGAUCCCCGAGUCCACGGCCUGGCGGCCAGCAGAGCCCCACUGGGGGGCCGGCUGCACCACAUCUCCGCCGAGGCACAGCCGGGUUGCUUCUGGUCUCCCUCGACCCCCAGACCGCCCACGUGCUUCGAGAGAACAGCUCCCCGUCAGGCCUGCGGUGAGGGCUUGGCCCGGACUGGCAAGUGUGGCCAAGAGCAGAGAACAUGGUCCAACGGCCGGCGAGCCGCCAGCUGCGGAGACCCAAAGCCUUGCCGUCACGUCUGUUCACAGAGCAGAAAGGGUCCCCCCGAGACGGUCAGCACACACACUGCGCACACACUCGUUUCCCAUCCUGCGAGGCGAAGUCUGCAUCUCGGCCGAGGUUUGCCCGCUGUUCUGGGUGCAGAGGUGCUGCUCAGCGCCUCACCCACAGCCGCUCCGAGCUCAGCUCUCCCCCAGGCCAGGCCACCUGCUUCCUGCCACAUUUUUAUUUCUUUUAGGCCUUCAGAAGUAUUCAACUUGUGCCAGAGCCAGAACUUUGCCAUAAACACUAGGCUCCACAGAAUGUAGGGAAAUUAAGGCCAUAAGCAUGAACCAGAAACCACGUUCAUAAAGGGUCAGAACCUGUGGUCAGAACGUCGCAGUCCCUGUGCGAGUUUCAUCGUGGGCGUCUGAGAGGCCUAUGCAGACAGUUCCGGAAUCUCACGGCACACGGUUGCUCAAUGCGUGGGUCCACACACCGUGGUUAACAGGUGCCGCUUGAGCCCCCAACCCCCCAUGGGGAGGAGCCCGCCCGGCGGCCCCACGGUCCCUGGGGCCCGUCACCCACACUCUGACCAAAUGCAAACGAUUUCCGGUCCCGUCUGCAGCCUGAGCCUUUGCCAGGAAAACAGUACGAAGGACGAGAGCAUCUGUGGAGUCUGGGCGUCCCCAGCGCCACCGUGUCCCGUCAGAAGUCAACACCAGAUCACACCCCACAAGGCGUGCACGAGGGGGCUUGACCUGGCCUCCCGGAAGCAAGAGCAGCUCAAUGUCAGGCCUCCAAAAAUUGGCAAAAGAAAAGGCAGACAGUAAACACAUUCAGUGCCUGAAACCCCAGCUGGGUGGGCCACUGGUCAGAGCUGCACGCCCGCCCCCCAAGGCGCAGGAGGCGGCCCACGGGUCCGCACCCCCGUGACCGCCCCUCACCCCUGCAGCGGCCGUGAGGCCCCAGCUGCCUAGUGUUCCAGAUAAAGACUCCACAAGAAAGGGACACCGUCUUUAAUAAAGUUGGAAUUAAAAAGUCACUUAGUAAAA